GAGAGAGUGUGCCGAGAAAGGGGCUCCCCACUAACAAAAAAAAGAAACCCAAACGAGGGAGAGAAAUUUCAGGCUUAUAUCGCGGUUUAUCCCCUUUCUACACGAGUCUGUAACCUUUUAAUAACUUAUAAUUAUUACAUAUUUUUAUUUUCCUAUUUAUUAUCUUUUUUUAGUUUAUGGUUUGUUUUUUUACCACUCCGGGAGGGCAGAAAUGGCGGCCAACAUGUACCGGGUCGGAGAUUAUGUCUUUUUUGAGAACUCAUCAAGCAAUCCUUAUCUGAUCCGGAGAAUAGAGGAGCUGAACAAGACAGCGAGCGGCAAUGUGGAGGCGAAGGUGGUAUGUUUCUACAGGAGAAGGGACAUCUCACAGAGCCUCAUCCAGCUGGCAGACAAGCAUGCGAAAGACUUGGAGGAAGAGAAGGAAACACCUACAGAGCCAGAGCUUAGUGAGAAGCAGAAGCACCAGCUCCGACACAGAGAGCUUUUUCUGUCUCGCCAGUACGAAUCUCUCCCCGCCACACACAUCAGGGGGAAGUGCAGCGUGGCCCUCCUGAAUGAGACAGAAUCAGUACUCUCCUAUCUGGACAAAGAGGAUGCCUUUUUUUAUUCCUUGGUGUACGACCCAACACAGAAGACCCUGCUGGCAGACAAAGGGGAGAUCCGUGUGGGUCCUCGCUUUCAGGCUGACGUCCCUGAUAUGCUUCAAGAAGGGGAAGCAGAUGACAGGGACCAGUCCAAGCUGGAGGUGAAGAUGUGGGACCCAGAAUGUCCACUGACCAAUAAGCAGAUAGACCAGUUCCUAGUGGUGGCUCGGGCGGUGGGGACUUUUGCUCGAGCGCUGGACUGCAGCAGUUCCGUCAGACAGCCCAGUUUACACAUGAGUGCUGCAGCGGCAUCACGGGACAUCACACUGUUCCAUGCCAUGGACACACUACACCGGCAUGGCUAUGACCUUUCAAGCGCGCUGAGUGUUCUGGUGCCACAGGGAGGGCCUGUGCUCUGCAGGGAUGAGAUGGAGGAGUGGAGCUCUUCGGAGGCCAACCUGUUUGAGGAAGCAUUGGAAAAGUACGGCAAGGAUUUCAACGACAUCCGGCAAGACUUUCUCCCAUGGAAGUCCCUGACUAGCAUUAUUGAGUAUUACUACAUGUGGAAAACUACAGACAGAUACGUGCAGCAGAAGCGACUGAAGGCAGCUGAAGCAGAAAGCAAGUUGAAACAAGUCUAUAUCCCCACAUAUAAUAAGCCAAAUCCUAAUCAGAUCUCAGUCAGCAACGGGAAGAUGACCACCGUGAAUGGCGCAGCAGGACCGGGCAGCUUUCAUGCAGCCAGUGGGGGUCGUGCAUGUGAAAGCUGUUUUGCCAUGCAGUCUCCUCAGUGGUACUCGUGGGGUCCUCCGAACAUGCAGUGUCGUCUCUGUGUCUCCUGUUGGAUGUACUGGAAAAAGUAUGGUGGCCUGAAGAUGCCAAGCCGAGCUGAGGGAACAGAAGAGAAAACGCCUCCAAGCCCUGCUUCAAAUGAGAUGCGUUCACGUGGCCAUAGCCUGCGUCAGGGUUCCCACAUGGUUCCAAUGAGGAACAGAAGUCCCAAAUCCUCCAUGAAGACUAAGCAGGCUUUUCUGCUACAGGCCACACGCCUCACCAAGCUGGCGCGUCACAUGUGCCGUGACCUCAUCAGGCUGCGCCGGGCAGCGCGCCGCCCCUUUGUGCCCAUUAACUGUGGCGCCAUAAAGGCGGAGUACAUGAUUCGAGUCGCAGAAGGCACAACCGGGCGAUCCACCAAGCCCAAACCUUCCCAGAGGAGCACACUAACCAGUGUCCUGCAGUAUCUCGAGUCACGUCCAGCACCCCAUGUCCAGCGCUCUCAUCGUACACCUGGUCUACAGAUCCAACCACCACGUCGGCUUCUUUCCUCCCUACCCAGCCAUGGACCACUUGGCAUGCUGGGAAAACGCAGUUACCACCAUAGCAGCAGGAUGGACUCUGAGAGAAGAGCAAAUGCACAAGGGCAAGAAAAUCAGGGUCACAUCGUGGGUCCCAUUCUGCAGCACAAUGGACGCAGCAGUGGCAGCCCAAGCUUACAAGCCAGCAACAUGAUAAUGCGCAAGAGGCGGCCCAAUUGGAUCGAUGCGCCAGAUGACAGCUUUUUCCUUGUUUCCCGAGAAACCAGGAAAGCCCGGAGGCUGCUCACUCGUUCCCAGUUAAGAAGAGCCUGUAGGCAGCCAUGCGAGCAGAUUAAUUUGCGAAGGGUCCCCCAGGGGCCAGUGCAGGGACCCAUCCUCGUGCCCCCUCACCCUAGUCUACGGAUGCGAGGUCCCAUUGUGAUCCACGACUGACCCACAUCUAUGCUGUUUCACCUGCCUGCCUCUUCUCUUUGAUUCUUGCCCCUAAUCAUACAACACAGUGGUCAUACACCACAGCUCUGUUCUCUCUGGAAAUACAGAAACAGUGCAUUCAGUGAAGCAUGGUUAACCAACACCAUGCACUAUGCCAUAGAAUCAAGCACUUAAAGUAACUCUAGGGCUCCAUUAAGUCUCAAUUAAGCUUCUGUAAACUCGGAACUGAUCAGCUUUCUUAAUUUAAUAUUUUGUGGAUGUAAGGAUCAAAUCAUCACGGUCCUGUAAGUCAGUGGUCAAAUGAAAUGACGUUAUAAUGUACAAAGCAUUUCUUUCUUUUGACAGAUUAUUCUGUAAAGUAUUUGUGUGCUAUUUUUUUUUGUAUUUUACUUUAGCACUGCAUUACAGUCUUUUACAAGUCCUUUAUUUCUCUUACCUUUUGUGAGUAUUAUGAAUACAGAUUCAUGUGCUGUUUUGAACAGGAAUGAAGGUUUAAUGUGUUGGGCAUUACUGGAAAGCAGAAUUAUGUAAAUAGCAUGGAACCUCUGGACACAAGGUGCAGCCUUUUCACUCCAGUCUUAUCUGAUGGAAAAGCCACCAGUUUGAUACAUUUCCUUAUGUUCAUGUUUUCUAUUUCAGACUAUGUAAUGUGUUUCUGAUCACGCUCAUCAAUGAAGGUUCAUGUUACUCUAAGGGACUGCUAUACACUUUCAUGAGUGCUGAAUGGCAAGGGGGAUUUGAUGGUGUAAAAUUAUGAGGUACACUAAGUAUAUGACUUUAUCCAUAUGCCAGGGAAAUGCUGUUCUUCAGCUGUAAGUAAAGAAAAAUUUGAGUUCCCAGUU